AUGGAUGCAGAGAGCGGAUAUGAAUUUAAAAGUGAUGCAAUUCAGAUGAUUGAGACCAUUCAGUCAAUGAUAGACGUUUCGGCUGAUAGACUGGAAGGAUUGAGGACACAAUGCUCGACCAGCGCAGAACUGACGCAGCAGGAGAUCCGGACUCUGGAGGGUAAACUAGUGAAGCACUUUUCCCGACAAUUGGUGAUAAAAGCUAAUUUCGGUGAAGAGUUGCAGGGGGAACUUCGUGAUGUGCCCAGUUUGAGGCAGUGGCUUCGAGUUGUAGGCUUAAGCGUGGAUGCUAUUGAGGCAGUAUGUUCGCGCGUAUCGUCGCUUGAAGCCCUACGUGAUAGGUCAGAACAUGAAUUGCGGGCGAUUUUGUGCGGUGCUAGAGAUGAGGAAGUUCGCCGUUUGGGGCGGGCAAUGCAAAGGCUGCGAAGUUAUACAGAGGCCUUAGCACGUGGCGAUGGUGGUGUAGACUUACCCUUAUACUGGGACAGUUGGGAACAGAGACAUGGAAGAGGGUCGCCACGAGCAAGAGAAGACCGUAAUCACAAGAAGAACGCUAAAAUACAAGGGAACGACCCUAAGAAUCGAAAUCUCUGGGUUUUUAACAUGAUGCCUCAGACUACAGGUGACGAUAUGUCAUAUUGUCUUAAAUGUAAAUCAUGUAAACCCCAGUAUAAAGGAAUGUCCUACCGCGACAACAGUCAGUCAUCAGCAGUUGGCAACACCGAAGGCUCUCCCCCGGCCUCACCGAGGGAACCAGAAAUCGAAUACACACAGAGAAAUAAUAACACGCACCAUAACCAUGGAAGUCCCAAUGUGGGAAUGGGCGGUCCCCGAUCACCCCGCGUGGGAAACACAGCCCCCAUGGGCCCUGUCAGCGUGGGCGGCUGCAUGGCCCACGAUAUAGCCCACCGCUUCACUAAGACUUUCAAUAUGAUAGCGACGUGCGAUUUCUGCGAUAAGCAGAUGCUAUUCGGAUCCGGUCUCAAGUGCAAGGAGUGCAAGUUUAAGUGUCAUAGAGACUGUGAGAGCAAAGUGCCGCCAUCUUGCGGGCUGCCGCAGGCUUUUGUGAACGCUUUCAAGGAGAAGUUUCACAAAGACGGUAAGAAGUACAGGUUAUUUAAAGGUGGUUACUACAUUCCGUCUCCGAGUGCGGGUCGUGGCGUUGUGACGUCAGUGACGCCCACAAGACGAGCGCGGCCGCCUGCCCAGCAUCAUCACUCGGGUAAUCCAGACUCUUCGUCGACAACUUCUUCGUGCAAUAGUUCCACCCCGUCCUCCCCCGCCCUCGCCCCUGCACCCCCCACCCCGCAGAGCCAUCAUCAUUAUCAGCUCAAUGCGGGUCGGAGGUUUCACUUUCCCGAUGUUAAACCAGCGAUUUCAAGUCCAAACCACACGUCAGCCGUCCAGUCUCCCGCGAGGACCACGCCCGAUACUAAACAGGACCUUACAGCUAGUAUAAGAAGUGAGGGUUCGGGCCGCGUGUCCCUAAGCGGUUCCGGAUCGACUGACAGUAGUGGACCUGGGAGAGAUAACUCUGUAGACCUUCCCUCACAUGAUGACAGAUGGCCAAGACAGAAUAGUUUAUCAAUGAAAGAAUGGGAUAUACCAUACGACGAAUUGAAACUAUACGAAGUAAUAGGGGCUGGGCGGUUCGGUACUGUGUACCGAGGGAGUUGGCACGGCGCUGUAGCGGUCAAAGUCUUACACGUGCACGCACUGAACGAUCACUGUGCGCCGUUAGAUACGUUUAAACAUGAGGUGGCAACAUUCCGUAAAACGAGACACGAAAACCUAGUACUAUUCAUGGGCGCGUGUAUGAAACCGCCACGGCUCGCAAUAGUGACGUCAUUGUGCAAAGGGAUGACGUUGUAUACCCACAUUCAUUUAAGAAAGGAUAAAUUUACAGCAAACAAAAGUGUAUUAGUUGCACAACAGAUAUCACAGGGUAUGGGCUAUUUACACGCGAGAGGCAUUAUCCACAAAGACCUGAAGACGAAGAACAUCUUUCUGGAGAACGGGAAAGUGGUCAUCACGGAUUUUGGGUUAUUUAGUGUCACCAAAUUAUGCUUUGGGAAUAAUGCCCGUGGAGACAGCUUGGGUAUUCCGUCAGGCUGGCUCUGUUACUUGGCACCGGAAUUGGUUCGCGCGUUACGACCUCACGCCUCGCUUCAUCUACCUUUCUCCAAGCAGACGGACGUGUACGCGUUUGGUACGGUCUGGUAUGAAUUGUUAUGCGGGGAAUACCCGUUUAAGGGUCAGCCUGCUGAAGCUAUUAUUUGGCAAGUGGGCAAAGGGGCGAAACAAUCGCUUGCCAAUAUGCAGGCUUCUAGAGAUAUUAAGGAUAUCCUAAUGCUCUGCUGGUCGUAUAGAGAAAGCGAGCGACCGGAUUUCCCUCAUUUAUUAUCAACACUAGAAAAGCUUCCUCGAAAGCGUCUAGCUCGCUCUCCCUCACACCCGGUACAUCUGUCUCGCUCUGCCGAUUCCGUCUUCUGA